CCAUAUUAUUUUCUCUCGAGAGAAAGACGGCUCCCCAUCGACGGAACCCGGGAAAAUGGGAGGAAGAGGAGGAGGAGGAGGAGGAGAUCAAGAAAUCGAUGAAGCGUCCCUUCUUGAAUCUCCUCUGAUCCAAAGCCAUGAUCUCGAGCGUGACGGCGGCGGCGGCGGCGGAAAACCUUCACCCGGCUCGGUUCCAAGGGACGAGCGUCGCGUGAUCAUGAUCGAGGAAUUGAAGCGGCAGGUGCGGCUGUCGGGGCCGCUGAUCGGGGUGAGCAUGCUGCAGUACAGCGUGCAGGUGAUCUCCGUCAUGUUCGUGGGCCACCUCGGGGAGCUCCCCCUCUCCGGCGCGUCCAUGGCCACCUCCUUUGCUUCCGUCACGGGCUUCAGCGUCUUGUUAGGAAUGGGAAGUGCAUUGGAGACACUGUGUGGCCAAGCCUAUGGAGCCAAAGAGUAUCAUAUGCUUGGAGUUACACGCAAUGAGCUAUGCUUACGCUUCUAUGCCUAAGCAUCCCUCUUGCAGUCAUAUGGCUCUACACCUCCGACAUUCUCAUAGCUUUUGGCCAAAAUGUGUAGAUUUCCAGGGAAGCGGGAAUUUUCAACCGUUGGAUGAUCCCAAGUCUAUUCGCGUAUGGCCUCCUCCAAUGUCUGAACAGGUUCUUGCAGACGCAAAAUAACGUUCUACCGAUGAUGAUGAGCUCUCUGGUUAUUGCUUCUCUUCACAUAGUCGUCUGUUGGGUCUUCAUCUUUAAGUUUGGACUAGGAAUUAGAGGAGCUACUU